AUUAACGUUAACUCAACCGCCCCCAGCUUGCUCAACGGAUUUUACAACGGCUGUUUUUUUUUUUUUUUUGGCUGGUUUUACCCACAGUCAUGUGAUUGUAACGUAAAACCCCUAACCGGAAAGCACCGACGGACGACCCUCUCCGCCGCCAACGAAUGCUGCGUUUGCAAAGGAACAGUACAAGCUGCUGCGAACCCAGUGAGGACGGACGAGUCCCCGGUAACAAACAACGGCGACACGGCAAAACUACACGGAUUUACGCGGAGACCAGGUUGAAGAAUGGAGUUGGCCAACCAUGGUCUUAUCCUGCUGCAGCAGCUUAAUGCUCAGAGGGAGUUUGGCUUCCUGUGUGACUGCACUGUGGCUAUAGGAGAUGUCUUCUUCAAAGCCCACAAAGCUGUCCUCGCUGCCUUCUCAAACUACUUCAGGAUGCUCUUUAUUCACCAGGACAGUGACUGUGUGCGUCUGAAGGCUGCUGACAUCCAGCCAGAUAUCUUCAGCUACCUCCUCAACCUGAUGUACACAGGGAAACUGGCCCCCCAGCUUAUAGAUCCUGCACGGCUGGAGCAGGGGGUCCGAUUCCUGCAUGCGUAUCCACUCCUGCAAGAGGCCAGCCAGUCCGUGUACUCACACCCAGAGCAGAGCAUCAACCUCUCCACCUCCCUCUACGGCAUCCAGAUCUCUGACCAGCAGGUGGCGGUCUCGUCCAGACUGUCCACCCGGCGGCAGCUCUCUUCACCCUUUGAGAUGGACCAGCCCAGCUCUGAAGGGAAGUAUCCGUCCACACCAGCCACCACACCAGCUACAUAUUCAAAUUCUGUACCGUCCAAGCUCACCCUCUCACCCCCGGAGGCGGAGGCGUCCACCAGCGGAGCAAAGCCUCCAACUGAUGAGGGCAAAACAGAAUUGCUUAAUGCAGACGGCUCUUCAAGUGGUGCCAUCCUCCAUGUAAAGCCCAGCAUCAUGAAGAGGAUCACCUCCUUCCGGAAGCAUUACUCCUGUCAUCUGUGCAGGACUCGAUUUAGCCAGAGAAGUCUGCUGAGGGAGCACCUCCUCCAGCACACCCAGGCUCUGCAGCAGCCGCUGUCGGAGCCCAGCAGUGCUCUCUCACCAGUCAUCACUGGAGAACCCAGCGUGGAAGGAGAGGGAGUCCUGAAGGGAAGUAAAGCCGGGUCUGGUGUCUCUGCUGCUGCUGCUACAGCUGUCGAGAUCAUCAGUGACAACGAGCAGACGCCUGUUUCAGGUACCAACUCGGACUCACCCCGAGCAGAGGUGUCCACAUCAGGGUGGGGUGUAGGUGGGCUAAACUCCCAGGCAGACACACCACCGCCAUCAGACAUCGCAGAUAUCGAUAACCUGGAGAGCGCUGACUUGGACCGGGAAGUGAAGCGACGAAAGUAUGAAUGCUCCACCUGCGGGCGUAAGUUCAUUCAGAAGAGCCACUGGCGUGAACAUAUGUACAUACACACAGGAAAGCCCUUCAAAUGCAGCGCCUGUGGCAAGAGCUUCUGCCGCGCUAACCAGGCAGCCCGGCAUGUGUGUCUGAACCAAGGGGCUGACACCUACACCAUGGUGGACCGACAGAGCAUGGAACUGUGCGCCGCUGGUGAUGACGCCAGCCAGAUGGAAGCCAUGUUCCUGGGCUCAUCAAAGCCUUACAAAUGUAACAUUUGUGCAACCACCUUCUCUAGUCCUAAUGAAGUGAUCAAACACUUGUGUUUCACCCAGGGGGGGCUAGUGGGGCUGCAGGGAAACACAGGGGUAGGAGCCCUGCUGCAGCGUGACGACUACUCCAAAGAUGAAGGCUCUGAUCUGUCCAACUCCGGCACCCCAUUAGAACCCAUAAAGACUGAGGAGAUCCUCGUAGAAUAGUGCCAAAACUGUGUUUUGUCCUUUUUAACAAUAUGUUUAUUUUCUAAGUUAUGUUUAAUAGGUAAGCUAAGGUGGAGCUAGUCAGGGUAUGUAUGUUGGAGGUUCUCAAUUCUAUUUUUCACAAUUUUUUUGGCUUUGAGGAUGAAGGUUCAUAGUCUACAACUCUAUGGGAUUCAACCCAUAAUCAGCAGAAAAGCAAUUGCAAACUGAUAUUAAAAUGAGACUUAAGGCAAAGUCAAACAGUAUGAAGGAUUUACUCAUCUCAUCUCUGUACUGUUGCUGUUCAUUGGUAUUAGACGGUUGUAUUUUGAGACUGUAGCAUAUUGGUUUCCCCUCCGAGCAGCUGUGGUGAGCCUGCAGUCACAGACCUUAAAUACAAAAGGAAGAGGAAGCUGACAGUUCCGGCCGGCAGCGCGUUGUGAGAUGUGUUGGCUGAACUAGAUUUAAGGAGGAGGAAGUGUGAACUGUUAACAAUACCCCUGAUACUGCACAUAGAGAGUUAGGAAGAGUCAGUGUUCAUGAUCAUAAAUGGACGUUUGUGCUGAUCAUAUACUGCAUUAUAAUUCCACAGCGUAUCCACGUGAGACAAUCUGCGCUCUUAUUUUGAGUAGUCAUUCAGGAAACUAAGUGUCUUCCACUUUACUGUAAUUAGUGACCAUUAUUUUCCUCCUCCCCAGUGUCAUUAAGUUGGAGUACUCUGUUAAUUCCCGAAGUGCGAUUAUGGUUCCUGUUUCAUUACAGCAUUUCAAGCACAACUUCUUCUGAUCUUAAGAGUUUGGCCUCUGAAAAUGGGCCUAAACAAGGGAGAGCAGUCCAUUUUCAUGUUUACAGUUGUACCACUCAUUUCAUAGUUUUACCUUUAGUCCGGUUACUGAUUCCAGGAGCAAUGUCACACGUUACACACGUACCUUGAUUGGAGGCUGUUGUGUACAAUAUUGUACAUCUGUGUAUUGUAUAAUUUGCUAAAAUCUAAUCCUAAAGGCCCUUAAUUUUUAUUUGACAUGCUUUUCUAAUUUUCUAUAGUGUGACAUUUAUAAAUAAUGCAUUACAUUAUAUUGCAAAGCUUUAUGUAUAUUAGCAGAAACAUAGCUUUCAAAAUAGGAGUUAAUUUGAUUUAGCAGAAGUUUAUGUAUUAGGGAUGGGUAUGACAUGUAUUUUUUAUCUAAAAGCAGUAAGUCAUGUCUGAGGUCGAACAGUUUACUGCUUCUUUAUUAAUUGAAAGAUUAUUUAGGACUUCUUCCACUUGAUAAAUUUAAGCUAUAUAUUUAGAUAACUACUUCUGACAUGACUCGUGCAGCUUUAAAAAUCCCUUUUACAUAUUUGCAAAAACUAUGAUUUUCAUACAAUAUAUGAUAUUUAUUACACCUUAUCAUUUACUCUUUGGGAUACACUUUAUACUACUGAUGACUUGAACUUGUGAAAAAUCUCUACAUAGAAGUCCAUAAAAUGUGAAGCAAAAGAAGGCGAUAUGGUAGUUCUUACUAUUAUUUUGCUCCAGUAGUGUGUUAAAUAUCGUUAAGUAUGCCUUGGGUAUGGGGAUACUGCAAACAUAUCCAUGAGCAUCACAGUUUUGACUAAAACUCACCUGAAAUCUUACAUAUUUAAAUGAUUUGGGCCUUUAGUCAGUGGAAGGAGGCUUGGAAUGCAAUCUAUAUUGUGCAGUUAAUAUUAUUUCUCACAACAACAUUGCCUUUCUCUCUGUAAAAAAAUAUUUGUUGAAGUCAUUGUCUUGUUGCUAACUUUUUUUGUAAAGUAAAAAAACAGAUUGUCUUCCAAGUGUGAGAGGCAACGUGUAUAUGUGUCAGUGUCCCGUUAAUAUUUGCAUCAUCUUUGCCAAUAUUUGCAGUGAAACAAAUGAAUCUGCGCUGAAAUCUGCCUUUUUUUUAACAUAGUCUUGUUCAAUUUGCUGCCCUACAUAUUAUACUCUAUGAUCGUUUUUGAUAAUAUGCCCAUCCCUAGUAUGUUAAACAUUAAGAUUAGGUUUAUGAUAAUUAAGAUGAGGCCUGAAUUUAACUUCUCAAAAAAAAAAAAUCUGCAAUGACUACUAGAAAGUGGUUUCCCUCCUUACAGUUACCCCAUUGUUUCACUAGAUGGAGCUGUUUGUCAACCAUUGAAACACAUUUACACAACUAUGGUCUUGUGAAGGGAGUGUUUAACAGUGUUGACGUCUUCAGUACUAAUGUGGUGGUUGCCAAUUAUAAAACCAAUUUGCCAUGAAUUAAAAAAAAGUAAAAUCAGACCUCUGUCAGGUUAUCGUCACCAGUAUUUGUACUGAUUCAAACUAUUUGUGUUGUCCAGGCAACUGAAAUGCUUUACUACUGACAUUCACUUCCAAGAGCUCUACUUAUGCACAGAUAUGCAGAGCCUUACACAAAAUUAAACGGUUUUUACUCAUAUCAGUCCUGUAAUUCUGGUUGUGCAGUCGUGUGUUAAAACAUCUCAGUAUCUCAGGAAAAGGAGACAUUUGACCGUGUUUUUACUGUUGGUAUUUGAAUCACCAUAUAAGACUUGUAAACAACCCUAACUCCUGAUAUUUGGGUGCACACAAUAUUAACCCUGCUCCUCAACGCCCAUCUGACAUCUACUGUGAUCUAUCUGUGUUCUCAGGAAUGUGAGUAAGUUUUUUUUCUGUAUAAACAACUUUGUUUUUCAAUGAAGAAUGAACAAUAAAACACAUCUUUUUAUAA